AUGGAAUUCAUUUCCCCAACAGUGAUUAUAAUCUUAGGUUGUGUUGCUGUUUUAUUAUUUCUUCAGUGGAAGAACUUGCGUAGACCCCCGUGCAUAAGGGGCUGGAUUCCUUGGAUUGGAGCUGGAUUUGAGUUUGGAAAAACCCCUCUAGAAUUUAUAGAGAAAGCAAGAAUCAAGUAUGGACCAGUAUUUACAGUCAUUGUUAUGGGCACCCGCAUGACCUUUGUUACUGAAGAAGAGGGAAUUAAUGUGUUUCUAAAAUCCAAAGAAGUAAAUUUUGAACUAGCAGUGCAAAAUCCCAUCUAUCAUACAGCAUCCAUCGCAAAGAAUAUCUUUUUAAAACUGCACGAGAAACUUUAUAUCACGGUGAAAGGGAAAAUGGGGAUUCUCAACCUAUACAAAUUCACUGGACAAUUGACCGAAGAAUUACAGGAACAGUUGCAGAAUUUAGGUACUCACGGGACCACAGACCUGAACAAGUUUAUGAGGCACCUGCUUUACCCAGUGACAGUGAACAUACUCUUUAAAAAAGGUCUGUUUCCCACAGACGAGAGGAAAAUCAGGGAGUUUCAUCAGCACUUUCAAGCUUACGAUGAAGGUUUCGAAUAUGGGUCCCAGUUGCCAGAAUGCCUCCUAAGAAACUGGUCAAAAUCCAAAAAGUGGCUUCUAGCGCUUUUUGAGAAAAACAUUCCAGAUAUAAAAACAUACAAAUCUGCAAAAGAUAAUUCCCUGACAGUAAUGCAGGCUGUACUGGACCUCCUAGAGAUGGAAGCAAAUGAACAGAAGAGUCCUAAUUAUGGGCUCUUACUACUUUGGGCUUCUCUGUCCAAUACUGUCCCUGUUGCAUUUUGGACAUUUGCAUUUGUCCUCUCUCAUCCCAAUAUCCACAGGACCAUUAUGGAAGGCAUAUCGUCUGUAUUUGGCACAGCAGGUAAAGAUAAGAUUAAAGUGUCUGAGGAUGACUUGAAGAAACUCCCUCUAAUUAAAUGGUGUAUUUUGGAAACCAUUCGUUUAAGAGCCCCUGGUGUCAUCACUCGAAAAGUGCUGAAGCCAGUUAAAAUUUUGAAUUACACUGUUCCUUCUGGUGACUUAUUGAUGUUGUCUCCAUUUUGGCUACAUCGAAAUCCAAAGUAUUUUCCUGAACCCGACCUGUUCAAGCCUGAACGCUGGAAAGAGGCAAAUUUAGAGAAGCAUGCUUUCUUGGACUGCUUCAUGGCAUUUGGGAGUGGGAAGUACCAGUGUCCUGGAAGGUGGCUGGCUCUGUUGGAGAUUCAAAUAUGUAUUAUUUUAAUAUUUUAUUAUUAUGACUGUAGUCUUCUGGACCCAUUGCCCAAACAGAGUUCUCUCCACUUGGUGGGUGUCCAGCAGCCGGAAGGACGAUGCCGGAUUCAGUUUAAACAAAGAAAAUGAUGUCUGCUGGAGGGCCAGGGCCAUCUGGAGGAAUGACUGCCCCCUCAUCCAGUAGCCUGGUGGC